UAAAUUAAUGGAAUGCGAACAGAAAGUACUUACAAGAAUAUACAGGUUUAAAUCCACUUGACCUGAGAAUAAAAUCACACUAUAAACCAGUAGCAUGUUUAUGUGAUGUUACUGAACGCGAUUAUUAUAGAGCUGCCGUUAUUUUUUGCUCCGUAAAAACGGAACGAUGAUGAUGAUGAUGAUGAUGAUUCUGCGCGUUCUGUUUUCAUCAGCUCGUGUGUAGUUGUCAGUGUGAUUUUAAAGGGUCAUUGAUAUCUUUUCAUUCUCUCCUCGGGUGUUUAAGGGUUAAAGUUUAAGACGUUCUGGGUGUUCUGACCUGCUGCUGUAAAUAUGUGCAAAUCCCGCACAGCCAAUCAGAACGCGCUACAGCUGGCCGCCUGACCAAUGGGAGUGUGUUGAGGGUCAGUGUCAGCCGCAGGUGAAGUGGAUAGUAGCUCUGUGUGUUCACUCACACUCGCGCUCUGGCGACGUGGAUGCGCAUCCACAGAAACUCCCUUCACGCGGGGCGCGAUGCGACCGAACUGCCGCCACGGGGCUCAAUCUCCAUUCGAUCCGAAUCUGGAGCGCGUAACCCCGUUGCUGUGUGAUCGACAGUGACUUUUCCUGCUUAAAAUGGCUGUGCGCAGCAACUCUCUGAUGCCGUUCUCCAUUCAAGCCAUUCUGAACAGAAAAGAGGAGUCUCGGCAUCUCAACGAGCUGGAUGUGUGUUUCUCGAAAAGCGCGUGCUGGAAAAUCUUCGAUGAAAUGGACGGAGCGGACAGGAGCGAUGAGAGAGAGCAUAAGAACUACGACUCGGACUCCGGGCUGAGCGAGGACAACGACACCAAAGCGCAAAGCGACGCGAAACCCGAAAAAGACGCAGAUUUAGCGGACGAAACGGAUCAGGAGGAGUCCACGGCGGCGGAACACUGCAAAGGCCUGAGCGACUGCGUGUCCGACUGUAACACGACCGAGGAGAAGAGCGGCGAUCAACCCAAGCAGAGGAAGAAGCGUUCCCGCGCCGCGUUCUCUCACGCGCAGGUGUUCGAGCUCGAGCGGCGCUUCAAUCACCAGCGCUAUCUCUCCGGACCGGAGCGCGCGGACCUCGCGGCCUCUCUCAAACUCACCGAGACGCAGGUCAAGAUCUGGUUCCAGAACCGACGCUACAAAACUAAGCGGCGUCAGAUGGCGGCCGAUCUGCUGGCCUCGGCGCCGGCGGCGAAGAAAGUGGCCGUGAAAGUGCUGGUCCGGGACGACCGGAGGCAGUACAGCCCCGGAGAACUGCUGCGACCGCCGCUGCUCUCGUCAUAUUAUUACCCGUACACAUACUGCCUGCCCGCCUGGAGCCUGUCCUCCUCCUGCGCUGGAAACCAGUGACACCCGGACUCACGCACGCGCGCGCGCGCUCACGUAUUUAUUCUACCAAAGACAGUCGUUUACUGAGGAGCCAAAAAAACAAAAAAAAACAAACGGGAGAUUUAUUCACAGAACUGCCUUCUUCUUCUUCUUCUUCUUCUUCCAAGGACUGAUAUCAGUUUUGCUCCUAUAAAAACACUAUUAGGAUUUUAUUAUUUCAGAAUGUAUGGAAAAUGUUUUUAGCAAAAUGUUCUUUCUUCUGGUCGGAAAACAGCACUUGAUGAUGAUGUCGUUACCGCGCGCGCGGUUUUAACGUAACGGUAAGACUGGCACUUUCCCGCCCCUCACGAUUCAAAAAAUUAAAAUCAGAGGAAAAUAUUGAUCUGUCGAACGUUUGUUGGACUCCUUGAGCGAGCCGUGGAAUUUACUCGACAUGUACCUGUUUUCAUAUUAGUGUAACGUGUUUUUGUUUAAUGAAAGCAUUAAAACGUAUGAAGCAUAA